AUGAGGUGGCCGUUCCAUGGACUCUUUUUAUCUACCCUGCUAGCAGCCGAUGUUCUCGCAAACGACGUAAAAAUAAAUCAAGACAAUGGCCACCGACAACAAUGCUCCGGAAUGUACGGCAAGAAAGCCUGGGGAGGCAACGUUGACCCGUAUAUUCAAGUGAAAUUACUCAAAUUGCCACCGAAAGAGCCAACUCCGCUCAUGAGUCUAGUUAUAUUUGAAUGGAAAGAUGAGGGGCUGAUAGGUCGCUUUGCUCCUGAUGAUAAAGAUAGGAUUGUAAAAGAAACUAUCUGCGACCCGCACGGUGUAAAAAUUGGGCUGUGUGAUGAAAAAUCACUGGGAGCCUUCAUUCUAGAACCUAACGCGACCAAAAAUGCACGAUUUCCACUCAUUUCGAUGGCUGUCAACCUAACAGACCCACAGCCGAUUAAAUACCUUGUCAAAAAGAGUGGCUUCUACUGUGUCAGCACUUAUGGAUUCACAGGAGAUAAUUAUAAUGGCAUUGUGUCGUUUAGAAAUGCAUAUGGCGAGCUUGCCGGACCGCAAAUUCCAAAAUUGGCGUUUUACGGCGGCCUGACCCUUAUCUACGCCGUUAUUGGCAUAUUUUGGGCAUUCUUAUAUGUCCAGCAUCGACAUGACAUUCUACCGGUCCAGAAUUACAUAACUGCUAUUCUGGUAUUUUUGGUAGUUGAGCAACUGAUGACUUGGGGAUUUUAUGAUUAUCAAAACAGGCAUGGCAUGAAUGGAUUAGCAAGAGUCCUCAUGGUCAUAGUAGCGAUUUUAAAUGCUGGCCGGAACUCCUUCUCAUUCUUCCUUCUUCUUAUCGUCUGUAUGGGGUAUGGCGUGGUGAAGCCAUCUUUAGGCCGUACUAUGGUCUAUGUUCGUUGCCUCGCUAUCGGUCACUUUGUUUUCGGGGUUGUCUACGGUGUUGCAAGCCUUUCAAUCACGCCAGACAGUGCAGGUCCGCUCGUCCUAUUAGUCGUUCUUCCUCUUGCCGGAACCCUUACAGCAUUCUACGUCUGGACGCUGAACUCCUUAGGAGCAACCAUGAAGGAUCUGAUUGACAGAAAGCAAAGAGUGAAGGCUAUGAUGUACAAAAAGCUCUGGUGGUGUAUUCUGGGAAGUAUCAUGGUUACAUUUGGCUUCUUCUUCCUCAACUCCUUCCUCUUUGCGAGUAAAAGCGUCGUCGACUAUAUCCCCGAUCAUUGGAAAACCAGAUGGUUCGUUUUAGAUGGAUGGCUGAAUAUUGUAUACUUGUUUGAUAUUGGCUUCGUUGCAUACCUUUGGAGACCAACGGCAAACAAUAGACGUUUUGCUAUGAGUGAUGAGGUUGCCCAAGACGACGAUGGCUUUGAGAUUCGUUCUAUUGCCAGCUCACUCGAUGAGGAAGAAGAGUUAGGCGAGCCACCUAAUAGCAGAGCAGCAGGUGUCGCACCAUCCGCAGUCCCCGGCGCUGCUACCCUCGCUCUGUCAAGUCGUCAGUCACUCGAUGCGGAUCAUUUUGCCGUCGGUGAUGAGAGAUGGUCUGAUGACGAAUCUCCGAGAAAUUCAACUGAAGGGAAAGGUUUAAUGCGCAAGGAAGACUAA